AUGAUGUUCAUGCACACAGCUCUAGUUUUUGGUUGGGCUGGCUCAAUGGCUUUAUACGAAUUAGCAGUUUUUGAUCCCUCUGAUCCUGUUUUGGAUCCAAUGUGGACACAAGGUAUGUUCGUAAUUCCUUUCAUGACUCGUUUAGGAAUAACGGAUUCGUGGGGUGGUUGGAGUAUUUCAGGAGGAACUGUAACAAAUCCGGGUAUUUGGAGUUAUGAAGGUGUAGCAGGGGUGGCUUGCUUUGGCUUUGGGGCAUUUCAUGUAACGGGUUUGUAUGGUCCUGGGAUAUGGGUAUCCGAUCCUUAUGGACUAACUGGAAAAGUACAAGUUGUAAAUCCAGCGUGGGGUGCAGAAGGUUUUGAUCCUUUUGUUCUGGGGGGAAUAGCUUCUCAUCAUAUUGUUGCGGCUUUCGUAGUUGCUGGAACUAUGUGGUAUGGGUCAGCAACGACCCCAAUUGAAUUAUUUGGGCCUACUCAUUAUCAGUGGGAUCAUGGAUACUUUCAGCAAGAAAUAUAUUGA